GCUGACGUCACUUCCAGCAACAACAGCAAACGUCAAAACUCAGGAGCGAGAAGGGGGCGGUGGCAGCGACGGCGACGCAGAGGGCUCUCAUCUCCUUUCUUCUCCCUCCCCCUUCCCCUCCCCGUGCUUCCUGAGUUCGUUCCCAGCCGGCGAGGCUCACGCACCGACUGGGUUCGUCGCGGCGGCGGUUGGGAUCGGAGCUUGGAGAGGCUCGCAGAUGGGUCAGGGGCUGUGGAGAGUGGCUAGGAACCAGCAGUUGCAACACCAAGGAUACAGUGGGCAAGGCUAUCUCACCAGAGAGCAUGGUAGAAGAUUAGCUACUAACAGCAUUUCAAACACAAACCAUCGUAAACAAGCCCAAGGAGGAAUUGACAUCUACCAUCUGUUGAAAACAAGAAAAUCUAAAGAACAAGAAGGAUUCAUUAACUUGGAAAUGCUGCCCCCUGAGCUUAGUUUUACCAUUUUGUCAUAUCUGAAUGCAACUGACCUCUGCCUGGCUUCUUGUGUCUGGCAGGAUCUUGCUAAUGAUGAGCUUCUCUGGCAAGGGUUGUGCAAAUCCACUUGGGGACACUGCUCUAUAUACAAUAAGAAUCCACCUCUAGGAUUUUCUUUUAGAAGAUUGUAUAUGCAGCUGGAUGAGGGCAGUCUCACCUUUAAUGCCAACCCUGAUGAGGGAGAGGCAGAGUGCUGUUGGAUUUUUUUAUACAUAUAUACUGGAGUUAACUACUUUAUGUCCAAGGGUAUACUGGAUGAUUCACCAAAGGAAAUAGCUCAGUUUAUAUUUUGUACAAGAACACUAAAUUGGAAGAAACUGAGGAUCUAUCUUGAUGAAAGGAGAGAUGUUUUGGAUGACCUUGUGACACUGCACAACUUCAGAAAUCAGUUCUUGCCAAAUGCACUGAGAGAGUUUUUCAAACACAUUCAUGCCCCUGAGGAGCGUGGGGAGUAUCUUGAGACUCUUAUAACAAAGUUCUCACACAGAUUCUGUGCUUGUAAUCCUGAUUUGAUGAGAGAGCUUGGCCUUAGCCCUGAUGCAGUUUAUGUACUAUGCUACUCUUUGAUUCUGCUUUCCAUUGAUCUUACCAGCCCUCAUGUGAAGAACAAAAUGUCAAAGAGAGAAUUUAUCCGAAACACACGACGUGCUGCUCAGAACAUUAGUGAAGAUUUUGUAGGGCACCUUUAUGACAACAUCUACCUUAUUGGCCAUGUGGCUGCCUAAAAGCACAAUUUGCUAGGACUAAGAAUUUGUAGUUUACAAAAACUAAAGCUACCCAAGGAGUUAAUUAUUUUGUAGAUAUGGGGGUUAUAUUAGUGCUGGUCAUUCUAACCUCUGUAUACAAUCACAAUGUGUGUUGUAUGUACUACCUUUUUUAGCAAUUUACCAUGGGAACCGAAGGAUUUUGCAGAAUUUUUUCUUAAUUUUGUUUAUGUUUUGCACAAAGCAGUGCCAUUAGUCUGACACAGCCAUUUAUGAAUGUUAAACUGACAUUACAAUCUAAAGCUGACAAGAUGGUGGAUUUGUGCAUUAGAUUUGCUUGAAAACUUUAACCAGUUCCAUUCUUUUUUAAAAUACCAUGUAAUGUGUACAUAUUUAACUAAAGAGAUUUAUAAUCAUAAUUAUUUUAUUGUAAAAUAUUUUAACUAAAGUUUUUCCUUUUCCUCUCU